CCGACAGCUUCGUUACAAAUAAAGAUGUCAGUGGUAAUAGUCUUGAUACUGGCAUUAACCAGGCUUAUUCCGAUUUACGCGAAAGUUCACGGCGCAGGCAAAAUAUGCGACGAACUUGGCCGGAUAUCAUUGAGUACAAGACCACACAGUGUCUCCAUUACAGAUUUCGGAGCAGUAGGAGAUGGCAAAACGCUCAACACUCUUGCGUUUCAAAACGCCGUUUUCUAUCUUAUGUCUUUCGCCGACAAAGGUGGGGCUCAGCUCUAUGUCCCACCGGGAAAUUGGCUCACCGGAAGUUUCAGCCUCACCAGCCAUCUCACUCUCUUUCUUGAAAACGGCGCCGUUAUAGUCGCCUCUCAGGAUCCAUCGCAUUGGGAACUUGUUGAUCCGUUACCUUCGUAUGGACGGGGAAUUGAUUUGCCUGGAAAGCGAUACAAGAGUUUGAUCAACGGUAACAUGCUACACGAUGUUGUUGUAACAGGUGAUAAUGGAACCAUAGAUGGUCAAGGCUUGGUUUGGUGGGAUCGGUUUACUUCUCAUUCCUUAAAGUAUAACCGUCCUCACCUCAUCGAGUUUCUUUCUUCUGAAAAUGUAAUUGUCUCCAAUCUUACGUUCUUGAAUUCUCCUGCUUAUACAAUCCAUUCAAUCUACUCUAGCCAUGUAUAUAUUCAUAAGAUAUUGGCUCAUUCUUCUCCCGAAUCUCCUUAUACUAUCGGUAUUGUACCAGAUUCUUCUGAUUACGUCUGCAUCCAAAACUCUACCAUUAACGUGGGUUAUGAUGCGAUUUCCCUCAAAAGCGGUUGGGAUGAAUAUGGAAUUGCCUAUUCUCGUCCCACUCAAAAUGUUCAUAUAAGAAAUGUGUACCUUCGAGGAGCUUCUGGUUCGUCUAUCUCCUUUGGCAGUGAAAUGUCUGGUGGAAUAUCUGAUGUCGUGGUCGAUAACGCCCAUAUACACAACUCGUUAACGGGCAUUGCUUUUAGAACCACAAAAGGCAGAGGUGGUUACAUCAAAGAGAUCGAUAUAUCAAACAUCGAUAUGUCGAGAAUAGGUACUGCCAUUGUGGCUAAUGGUAGCUUUGGAUCUCACCCGGAUGAUAAAUAUGACGUAAAUGCUCUCCCUCUUGUGAGUCACAUCAGAUUAAGCAACAUUUCUGGAGAAAACAUCGGCAUUGCAGGGAAACUGUUUGGGAUCAAAGAAUCUCCCUUUAGCUCAGUGGCUUUGUCGAAUAUCUCUUUGUCGAUGAGCUCAGGUUCUUCAGUUUCUUGGCAAUGCUCCUACGUUUACGGGUCCUCAGAGUCAGUCAUUCCUGAACCGUGUCCCGAGCUGACGAGAGAUGAUGAUGCUUACGCUAGAGCUGCAGUCUAAUGAAACAGACUGCAAAAAAAAACCCAAGAGAUUCUUUCAUAAGAUUCAAUUCAUCCAUCAAUUCAUAUUUUCUGGAGUUAGAAAAGGUCAGAUUCUUUCCUCAAGCAAACCACAUUGUCUUUAGAUCAUACAUGUUACUUUUGGUUACUCUAGUUUAUUAUUUUUAUUUUAUCUUGUUUGCAUAUUGUGAGAUAAGAAAUCUGUACAGGUUUA